UAAAAAACAAGUUUCUUUUUAAUUCAGCUCAUGUUCGCUAGAUGUCAGUAAAGAGAUUUCGGUUAUCAAGAAGUUUUCACCGCCCACGGACAAUUACGUCAAAAUCUAGGAAGUGUGGAAUGUAUACACGGACGUGUUGGAUGUCGGCUCCUGAGGCAGAGUUGGUGUUGAAAUGGGAAAGGGAGCAGGCACGUCUAAGAGAAAGUGUGAAGGAGGAGGACACCGAAGAUUGGCAGAGGAGUCCAGACUUCAGCGGGCUGGAGAGAGUGGGAGGAGUAGAUCUUUCAUUCAUUAAAGGCGAUGACAUCAAUGCCUGUGCUCAUCUGGUGGUGCUCACAUACCCUCAUAUGAAGGUUCUGUAUGAAGAUUGUAAGAUGGUGACUCUUAAUGCCCCUUAUGUGGCUGGUUUCCUGGGCUUCAGAGAAGUCCCACCUCUGCUACAGGCCCUGAAGAAACUGAAGAACAUACAGCCAAAUCUAAUGCCACAGGUGCUAUUUGUGGAUGGGAAUGGCCUAUUCCACCAUCGGGAGUUCGGUUUGGCCUGUCAUCUUGGUGUUCUGUCAGAUCUGCCCUGUGUGGGUGUGGCCAAGAACCUUCUACAUGUUGAGGGAGUGGUGAGAAGUGAGGAGCACCAGUCGCAGAUCAAUGCUCUACAGAAGAGUGGGGAUAGUUUUCCAAUGGCUACAGCCUCAGGGAGAGUUCUUGGGAAGGCUCUCCGCAGUUCCCAAAGCAGCAUCAAACCUGUGUAUGUUUCUGUGGGUCACCGAAUCACUUUGGAUACAGCAGUCAGACUCACACACACCUGCUGUCUCUACAGAGUACCUGAACCAAUACGACAGAAACCAGGAGACGUUUUGGAUAUCUUGAAGCAGAAGUUUCUCUUUAUUCAGAUACUCGCUGCUUGGCACUGCAGUCAUCAAAGUCGUCUUCUAUGGAUGUCUGAGGCGGAUAUCCGUUCAAGAGAAUACCUGCGCUGCCGUGACCUGGCUUCUGACAUUAAAUGAACAAAUGGGGUGAGAGGAAAGAAUGCUGUGAUGCUUAAAUGUAUAAACACUGGCAAUUUUUCAUUUAAACAGUUAUUCUUGAAUCCAAGAUUUUUUUUCUUGUACUAUGGUGUCUGAAAACAAAAAGGGCCAUGCUACUCAGCUUCAUGUUCUACUGUCACCAGGAUCUGAUAUAAAUAAGACAUUUAGAACAGCACACUUUCCCAAGUAGAUCUAUCAAGUGUAUUUCAGGUACAUUCUAAAAUAAUAAUAAUAAUAAUAAUAAUUUAAAAAAAAAAGUUUCAGAAGUUUUGUUAAUACAUUUUUCCCCUUGAUAUUUGUAAUCACCUGGAUUCUUCUUGGUUUUUCUGAAUUUAUUUAUUCAAUUCUUUCCUAUUUUAAUUGGAUGGAACUUUUUACAUUGUAAAUUUCUACUGCAAAUAAAUAAAGAUAUAAAUAUCUUUAGUUGAGCUUUGUUUUUUUCCUCCUCCCAUCUCUGUGCAUAUACCUAAUUAUGUUGUGUUUAUAUUAAAAGUGUCUGUCAUUUUUUUAUAUUUUAGUUGCGUUUAGCAGAGUUUUAAUCUGAUGAACCACAUCAGUUCCAUAAAAAAGUUCUUUUAACUCUUGGGGCUUAGUUUGAAAAAUUUUCAGUUUUUAGCUUGAUGAAUUUUGUAAUGAUCUGGAAAGAAAUUUUAUUACAAAACGUAUAUUUGUGCUUGGCAAGCAUUGCACUUUUAACAGCAUUUAAGGGCAUAAUGUCUGUCAAAUGACACUACUGGUACAAGUAAAUGAGGUGAAUGAAUUUACAUAGGCUGAAACAAAAAGGAGGGGGAGGAUAUUUGCACUGAUCCACAUUCUCAAACAAACAAAUAACACAGCCUCUGCCCUGUCUGGCCCUCUCAUCUAUUGCAUCACUAAAGUGCUUUCAUAAUAUAGGCCAUGAAGGUAUAUGAAUACACCCAGAUUUUGUAUGUAUGUAUGUUGUUUCGACCAUUCCAGCCCUGCCUAUGUCUAUGUCUAAAUUCAUAUAAAGCCUAUGUCUAAA